AUGGAUAUCCAAUUGAUGAAGGAGGAUGGACAACCAUGGGGGCCUUGGUUUUCAGAAAACGCCAUCCAGAGAAUAGCACCCGUCGGUCACCGUUUAUCAGGUGCAUCCAUGCGCAAUACAUUUUCCAUGCGUACAGGGCCGGGUAUUCCUACCAUUUCGGUUGCCUUAACCAAAGGUGGGAUGAUAUCUCAGCUUUAG